AUGUCUUCAGACAAUCAUCAAUCAUCCAGUCGUAACCAUGGAAUUGAUUUAGAGGCAAUUAGAGAUAUAUUGGAUCAGGAUAGUGUUGAUAAUUUGAAGGAAGUGAAAAAUACUGAUGUUGAUUGGAUAUUAAGGGACUCAAAUAUAGACCGACCUUUACCAACCAAGCCUGUUAAUACAAGCACGGGCACAGACAAUGGGAAGAGAGGUAACACGAACGAUGAUAAUUAUACGCCUGUUUCGCCUGUAUCUCCCCAUUUGCUGGCAAAUAUAUCCAAUACGAAUGAGAACAAUUCAAAUAAGACCAGACCUUCCAUGGCCCCAAUUCUGGAAGAAAGCCCAUCUACAGCACGUACAUUGCCGAUAUCACAGGACUCAAGUAGUUCAAAUAAAAGACGAGAAAGUGUCCCCAAUAUUAGUUCACUGGGAGGGUUUUUUUCGAAGUUGAAAGGGAAGUUUGGUCAUAAAUCUCACGAUGAACCAACACCGUCACGCUCUCUGAUGUUCAAAGAUAAUUAUAGUUUAGGUUCGAGGAAAUCUGUUUCAAGCGGUACAGAAUUUGAUGAUUCUUCGACAGUAUCAUCAAAAUAUAAUAAUAAUAAUAGUGAUAAUCAAUCUGAUGACUUGCGAUUAAGCAGAUCUAUGUCUACCCCUAAUUAUUCAAAUCCAGCAUCCGAUCCAAGGUUAGAAGAAUACAUUAAAUUCUACCAGAGGAAGGACCUGCGUAAAAGUUCUGCUGCUUCGUCCAAUAGGGCAUCUGAGCCUUCAACUCAAAGGGAUGGAAAUAGGAAACUUUCUAUACCAGAACAUCCUAAAUAUUCCCCUUUGCCUAGUGCCCUAGUGAAUGGAAAUCAAAAUCAAAGUGACGUUAGUCUGGCUGAAGGUAAUACUUCUACAGGUAACAAGUUUUCGUCUUUUCUAAGGAAGCGUAGUAGUACCAAUCCACCAUUACCUUCAGUAUCAAUGGCUACCGAAAAGAACCGUAGAAACUCGGAAUCAUUAGGUUCUUCACUGUCGAUUCCAGUAUCAAUACCAUCACCGUUACGUUCAACUGAUGUUUUGCCCGAAUUUUCUGACUUGAAACCUCUUAAAAGGGUUGCAUUUCAUUCACUGACAUUUUUAAUUGAUCCGCCACAACAAAUACCGUCUAGAAAUCCCAGACGAGGUAAUGUAGAGAUAUUACCUAAUGGUGCCUUAAAAAUUAACCCUUUGACUGAAGAAGAUAAAACAGCUAUUGAAAAAUCUCAAGUUGGUCAAGGUGGUGGUAUUGUAGUGGGUGGUUCUGGAUCGUUAGAUACGGGGAGAUCUGCAAAUGGAGAAAAGACUAAAGACGAAUCUAACGAAUACAAAGAAGCUUCUGGUAAUAACUUAGGCAAAGAUGAUGACGAAACAAAAGUUGAUAAACAUGCAAAACUGUUAGGAAUAGAUAAACCCAUGUUGAGCCAUCAUAAUCGUCAUAGCUUUCAUAACUAUGACGUCCCCGUCAAAAAGAUGGCGCUUGAUGUCAUGUAUACUAGAUGUUGUCACCUUCGGGAGAUUUUACCAAUCCCAGCAAUUAUGAAGCAACUUACAAAAGGAUCCUUAGCCCCUCUACCUAUAUUACAGCUUCGGAAUCCAACUCCCACAAUGGUGGAAAUUCAAACAUUUGCGGAUUUUUUAAGGAUUGCCCCGAUCAUAUGCGUGUCGUUGGAUGGAGUGAGCUUGUCGUAUGAGCAGUUCAAAAUUUUAUUAUCUGCAAUGAGUGCCAAAACACAAUUGGAAAAGUUAAGUUUGCGUAAUACCCCUAUUGAUUCUGCAGGUUGGUCUCUAUUAUGUUGGUUUCUUUCCAGAAACACAGUCUUGAAUAAGCUAGACAUCACCCAAUGUCCAUCUCUCUCAGUUGACUUAUCGAAGAAGAAAAAGAAAAGCCUGCAUUCGAACGAUAAAAAAGAAGAAAUCGUCAGAAUGACUUGUAAUAAGGAGAAUAGAUCAGAUAUGGAUUGGGCUCUUUUUACUGCAACUAUAGUAGCGAGAUGUGGUAUUGAAGAAUUGAUAUUGACGGGAUGCUGUAUAUCUGACCUAGACAUCUUUGAGAAGUUCGUUAAAAUGGCUGUUCUGAUAAAAACAAAUAGAUUAGGGUUAGCUUACAACAAUUUAUCGGUUAAACAGUUAAAGAUAGUUGUUGAUGAUUGGUUAUUUAGGCCCUUCGUAAGAGGUUUAGAUCUAGGUUAUAAUGAUUUCCUGUCCUUACAAUAUUUGAAUGUAUUCUUGCAAAAACGAAAUGACAAAGAGUUUGAUGGCUAUAUUUGUCAAUGCUCACUAGCAUUCCUUAGUCUAAAUGCCACAAAUUUAAGGUUUUCUGAUGCUUUCAAAGAAGUAUUUGAAACUGUGGUGAUGAGAUUUCCAUCAUUGAAAUAUUUAGACUUAUCCAAUAAUCCGAAACUUUUCGGAUCUUUUAAUUCCUCACCAUCAAAAGAGAUAUCAAAUAUUGAAGUUCCUGUCAAGUCAUUGGAAAGUAGUGUAACUAGCGCUUCUUCAGAAGUAUCUAGGUCCACGACAACUCAGAGUUCUAUCGCAGCUUAUUUUACUUCUAAGUUUCCACUUUUUCCUAAAUUAAUUAGGCUUCAUGUGGAGAACAAUGAUUUAAGCACCCCAGCAUUGGUUACAAUAGCAGAAGUUUUACCCUUCUGUAAGAAUUUGGCAUAUUUUUCCCUCAUUGGUAAUAAAGUCGAUUUGACUGCAGCAUCGGCAUUAACCCAAGGGUUGAAAAAUUCUAAAACGUUGAUUACAUUAGAUUGUGAUUAUGGGGAUAUACCCGAUUUUAUCAAGGACAAGAUUGGUUUAUAUAGUAUGAGAAACAUGGAAAGAUUAUUAUAUGCAUCAUCAAAGAAAUCUCAGGAUUCAGAUAAUGGCCAAGAUGAUCCUAACUUGAGCUCUUUAACAGGCCAAUUGAAUAACAUAUUAUCUAUGAAAGCGGAGCUGAAGUUAGACUUAAAAUCACCCGAAGUCCAAAAAUUCGUUUAUAAAGCGACAAGUAUCCGUCAAGAAUUAAAAGGCGCUAUGAACGAAUUGCUUAAAUUACAAGUUAAAAAUGAACUCAAUCUAGAUGGUAAAGAGACAUUUUUAAGAUUCUUAUAUAUUGAUUCGUCGAUUGAAAAAGGUUUGCAAUUGAUUGAUAAUUCAUUAGUAGAUCUUCAAGACAACGAAAUAAGUUCUUCUUUCAUGAUUAGAAACGUUUCAGAGGAUGAGAAGAAUACUUAUAUGUUGAAGGACGACAGUGAUUCAUAUAAUAACCGCCUUGACUUACCUAAGUCUCAAAAUAUCCCAAUUAGCAAAUCUCCAUUAUCUCUUUCAAGAUCAUCAUCCAAAUCUAAUUUAACGCAUUUGGACAGGCAAGAGGGUUCAGUAUUGAAGUUACUGAAACUCCAUGAUUUCCAUAACUCAGAAGAGCCAUCGGCAUCAUCUGAUUUUUUCCACAAGUUUGAUAAUCUAUCAGGUGAUGAAAUUCGAAAGAUAAUAUUAGAUGUUGAUCUAGCUGACUUAGAUAAGAUCAUUCAAUAUUUAGCUCGUUUAAAAGAAAAAGGAAUUUCUUUAGGAAACGUAUUUAAUCUGAAUGAUUAUACUGAGCCAGCUGAUAAUGAGAAUGAAGCGCAUCUAGUGGAAGAAAUUAUGGGCAAGUUGAAGAAUCUCAGGACAUGCCAAGAUUGUAAUGAAGAAUCCUCUAAUUCAAAUGAAGGAAUCCAUGUUGAUUAUAACACACCAAGAGACACCAAUCCUAGUUCUGAUAACAAAUUAGACAAUAAGACUGAUGGAGAUGAGAUUAGCCAGGCCUAUGACCAAGUUUUAACGAAUCUUGCAAAGUUGAAUUGA